AAUUUCAAAAAAAAAAAAAAAGUCAAGCCAAAACGAUGGCGUUUCAUCACAAUCAUCUCUCACAAGACCUCUCCUUCAAUCAUUUCACCGACCAACACCAACCUCCUCCUCCGCAACCGCCUCCUCCUCCGCCGCAACAACAACAUUUUCAAGAAGCUCCGCCUCCUAAUUGGCUCAACACAGCGCUUCUUCGUUCCUCCGAUAACAACAAUUUCCUUAACCUCCACACAGCUACCGCUAACACCACAACCGCAAGCAGCUCCGAUUCUCCUUCCUCCGCCGCCGCUGCUGCUAACCAGUGGCUCUCUCGCUCCUCCUCUUUCCUCCAACGAAACAACAACGCAACAGCCUCCACCGUUGUCGGAGAAGGAAUCGAUGAUGUCACUGGAGGAGCAGAGACUAUGAUUCAGGGAGAGAUGAAAAGCGGCGGUGGUGAAAACAAAAACGACGGCGGAGGAACUGCGGCGGCGGAUGGAGUUGUGAGCUGGCAAAAUGCGAGACACAAGGCGGAGAUCCUCUCUCAUCCUCUCUAUGAGCAGCUUUUGUCGGCGCACGUUGCUUGUUUAAGAAUCGCGACUCCGGUUGAUCAGCUUCCGAGAAUCGAUGCUCAGCUUGCUCAGUCGCAACAUGUCGUCGCUAAAUACUCAGCUUUAGGCGCCGCCGCCCAAGGACUCGUCGGUGACGACAAAGAACUUGACCAGUUCAUGACACAUUAUGUGUUGUUACUGUGUUCUUUCAAAGAGCAAUUGCAACAACAUGUGCGUGUUCAUGCAAUGGAAGCUGUGAUGGCUUGUUGGGAGAUUGAGCAGUCUCUUCAAAGCUUAACAGGAGUCUCUCCUGGUGAAGGGAUGGGAGCAACAAUGUCGGAUGAUGAAGAUGAACAAGUAGAGAGUGAUGCUAAUUUGUUCGAUGGGAGCUUAGAUGUGUUGGGGUUUGGUCCUUUGGUUCCUACUGAGAGUGAGAGAUCGUUGAUGGAAAGAGUUAGACAAGAACUCAAACAUGAACUCAAACAGGGUUACAAGGAGAAGAUAGUAGAUAUAAGAGAGGAGAUAUUGAGGAAGAGAAGAGCUGGGAAGUUACCAGGAGACACUACCUCUGUUCUCAAAGCAUGGUGGCAAUCUCAUUCUAAGUGGCCUUACCCUACUGAGGAAGAUAAGGCGAGGUUGGUGCAAGAGACAGGUUUGCAGCUAAAGCAGAUAAACAAUUGGUUCAUCAAUCAGAGAAAGAGGAAUUGGCAUAGCAAUCCAUCUUCUUCCACUGUCUUGAAGAACAAACGCAAAAGCAAUGCAGGUGACAAUAGCGGGAGAGAGCGGUUCGCGUAGAAACAACAAACAUAUGAUGUGAAU